CACGCGGAUACUCAUGUGGCGCGCGGCGUGUGUUUCUGGAUUCAGAGUUCUGAUUCAAGUCAGCGUGUCAUCGCAGUUGGUCAAACUACACCCACUCGUGUCUGUUGCCCACAUCUCGUCUGUCUUUAGUCCAUUUGCCUCUGUGCUCGUCAGGGGUUUGAUGUCUAAACAAUCAGAAAGCAGGAAGAUGUCAGAGCUAAUGGCGCAGCGGAUGGUCUGGGUGGAUUUGGAGAUGACAGGGCUGGACAUCGAGAAGGAUGAGAUUAUUGAGAUGGCCUGCAUCAUCACAGAUUCUGAUCUGAACAUCAUUGCAGAGGGGCCAAAUCUGAUAAUCAAUCAACCAGACAAGCUGCUUGACAGCAUGUCAGACUGGUGCAAAGAGCAUCAUGGGGAGUCAGGGUUGACUCAGGCUGUGCGAGACAGUACCAUCACCCUCCAGAAGGCAGAGUACGAGUUCCUGUCCUUCAUAAGACAGCAUACGCCACCAGGACAGUGUCCUCUCGCAGGAAACUCCGUUCACGCUGAUAAGAAGUUUCUGGAUAAGUACAUGCCGCAGUUCAUGCGCCACCUGCAUUAUCGCAUCAUAGACGUGAGCACCAUUAAAGAGCUGUGCAGACGAUGGUUUCCAGUGGAGUACAAGCUCGCACCACAGAAAAAAGCAUCACACAGAGCUCUGGGAGACAUCCAGGAGAGCAUAAAAGAGCUGAAGUUUUACAGAGCGAAUGUUUUCAAACCUCACGUAGAGGAGAAGAAACGAAAAAUAGUUGAAAACGGUGAUACAAAGAUUGUGAACUAAUUUAGAGAAGCUGAUCUGGAGUCAUUUUAGGAUCAGAUGUGGAAUUCUCAUGUCUGGAUGAAACCUGAGUGAUUACUUAAGAGCAAAGUUCCAUGUUAAUGUCCACACUGUUAAUUUCCUGUUUUAUUUGUCAUCUCUGCAUAUAGCGUAUAAAAUUACUUUUAUAAUUUAAAUUCCACUGUAGGAAUCUAAUUAGUUACUUGUGUAAUGAAACAAGUGUUUGAAAUGGGUUCUUCUAUCUGAGAGUGUUAUCUCACAGCUUAUUUUUAUUUUUAAUAAAAAUAUUUGUUGGCAUUUUGAAGGAUAUUCAGUGUGACUAUGCUGAAAUGUACUUUAGUGUUGUUAUUGUACAGUAUAUUCAUUCUAACUGAAGUUCCUGCAAUAACCUGAAUCAGCCAGGAGAUGGUGGUAUAGAGUAAGGUAAAAUCAGGAGCCUGUUUAAAUAUUUAAAUUGAUUAAAUAUUGAUCUACUGAAUGUAAUUAAAAUAUAUAAAUAUAUUAAAACAUUUAAAUGGGUAACCAGUGGAACUGUUU